UUGAAAUAACCUGUCGCGUGUACGUCAACAAACAAACCCUUCCGAACCUUAAUAUGAAAAAUACGGAAACGAGUGAUAAAAUUGAAAUAGGAGAUUACUUAGUAGUGCAAAGACAGGGCUACACCAAACUGCACAAGUUAAAAAAACAUGGGAAUCUACUUCUGGGAAGUUUUACUAUAGAAAUGGACAAUGUAAUCGGUGAAAAAUACUACGACACUUUUCAAAUGAAAAACAUGCUGGGCAACAAGAAAUUUUAUAUACUGGAAAAAGUCGACGAGAUUAACACAGCUACAGGAUCAGUAAAUAUUGAAAAAUCUGGUGCGGAUAAUCGUCACAUCCCGAAUAAUGCAGAUUCUCAGGGCCUAACGAAAGACGACAUCGACAAGCUUAAAAAUGCGGAACUUAGCUCUAACAACAUAGUGGAACAGUUGAUUAGUAAUUCCAAGACUUUUAACAUGAAAACCGAAUACAGUCAGGAGAAAUACAUCAAAAAGAAAGAGAAAAAAUACUUCGAAUACAUUCAAAUUCGUAAACCUACGAUAAGAUUAUUGUCGCAAAUGUUUUAUAGACAAGAUCCUACGAAAACCUUGGGAAUAAGAAUGGACGAUUUGUCACAGAUCUUAUCAUAUGCCAAUAUUCAUUCAGAAGGUAACCAUUUACUUUAUGAUAGCGGGACCUCCGGUUUAAUGCCCGCAGCAAUCAUGAAUGCUAUAGGAAACGAUACCACCGGUUCACUUAUUCACAUGCAUCCGGGUAACGAAUGUCAAAAAAAUGGAUUUGUCGCAAUGCAAUACCCUCGGGAACAAAUCGACAGGUGUAUAAACGUGAAUCUGUAUUCAGUAUUAAGGUGUUUCUAUCAAAAUAAAGCUGCAUAUAGUGAAAAAAAUAAGAACGCAGUUGAAGAAAAUCCCAAGCUUGAAGCUAAUACCAGCGAAACUAAUAUCGAAGAGAAAUCUUGCACCGAAACUGACACGAAUGAAGACACCACUGAACCUUCUGCAAAAAAACCUCGACUCGAAGAAGGAACAAGCCAGAAGAGACAAUGGGAGUUAGAGAAUGAAAAGGCGUGUAGGAUAUUGGAAAGCAAAGUAGAUUCUCUGAUAGUGACUGCAAAGGAGCACCCUGUAAAUAUCGUGAAAGAACUUUUGCAGUUCUUGAAAGGCGGCAGAAGCUUUGUCGUGUUUAGUUUACUGAAAGAACCUCUACAGGAUUUAUAUGGAUACCUAAAAAGCCGAGUGGACAUAAUUUCAAUCCGUAUAUCCAAUAAUUUCAUGAGGAAUUACCAGGUGUUGCCGGAUAGGACUCAUCCCGAAGUGAAUAUGAAUACGGGGGGAUAUAUUUUAACGGGUUUUAAGCUGAGUUGUUGAUAGAAGUGUUUUUAUUCAUGUAAUUGUGGUGAACAUAAUUUCAAAUUAACUGAAUUUUUUUCGGUUACUGGUUAUUGUUAAUCCGAAUAUUAUUACAAGUAAUUUUUUAUGCAUAAUUUUCACAAAAACUGUGGAGUUCGAUUAUAACAAAUCAUGGCGUACUAAAUGGAUAAUAUAAUAAGUAAACUUUUAUAUAUACAUGGUGUUUAGAAUAUACUUGAGGAAACCGAAGCAGAGGAUUCUUCAGUCAAUUUUAGAGGAUGUGUUUAGUGAAAAAAAAAAAGAAAAAUGACAGAAACCUACUACGAUAAUUUUGUAUUGUUCGGAGAAUCAUAGGAUUGAGAUGUAACUUAUAUCCAUUAAAUUUUUUUGUACGGAAACUAAGAUAUUUCGGAAUUUGUGUAGAAACAAAAACGGUUUGGAACAGGGCUAUCCAAAUCUAUUAUUUUUUCUUAAAAAAUUUUACUCCUUACAGUGAAUAGAAAUUGUAGUUUUUAAUUUGUGCCGGUUUUGAAAAAAAGCCAUGGAAGCUUGAUUACAACACCUACAUUUAAAGCACUGAUUUCUUAAGGGGGGCUAGAAUAAAAAAAAUUCACGUCCUCUCUAAGAUUCGCUGAAGAAUCUGUUGUUUCAUUUUCUUCAACUAUUUUCCAAACACCCUGUAUAUGAAGCCAAACUUAAGGGUAGAGAUACGUCACAAUAUGUGCGGACAGUAUUAAAAACGGAUAAUGAGGAAACUCCACUGUAUUAAUAUUAAUCGUAUUUAUAUAAUUUUUGCUAAAAUAUUAACUUGUUAACUAUUGAAAUAGAUCUUUUAUUUACACAGGUACACUUACAUUUUUUAUACAGGGUGUAACUCUGAACGGAGGUCAUAUUUAGACGGAGACUACCUUUAACCUUUAGAAACCAAUAUAAAGAGUGACCACAAAAAUCCUGUGAUUUUCGCCCGU